AUGUUGAGUUUGACUACUUCUUAUCCGGAAGUAAUGGUAGACCUUGUUUUGCAGCUCCAGAGAUUGCUUGUUACCAAAGAGAAAAAAAAGUAUUUCAUGAAAUUUAGACUCUCUCUUUCAGUAGCAAUGGCUUUUAGACUGCAUCUGGUUUUGAUCUUCUCUUGCAUUAAUCUGAUUUGUCUGUCAAGUCAACAGGAAACCAGGUUUGUCUACAAUGGCUUCGAUCAAGCAGAUCUUUUUGUUGAUGGGCUCGCUAAGAUCCUUCCUGGUGGGCUUUUGCAGUUGACAAAUACUACAGAGUUGCAAACUGGUCAUGCUUUCUUCAAGCAGCCAUUUGAUUUUGGUCCACCUGAAUCACUCUCGUUCUAUACGCAUUUUGUGUGUGCGCUGGUGCCUCCAAAGUUGGGAGCUGAUGGUGGCCAUGGGAUUGCAUUUGUUGUAUCUCCAUCCAUGAAUCUCUCUCAUGCCUACUCAACUCAGUACUUGGGCAUCUUCAACAGCUCAACAAACGGGACUUCCUCUUCUUAUCUGCUAGCUAUUGAGCUCGAUACUGUUAAGACAAUAGAGUUUAACGAGUUGGAAAAGGCUCAUGUUGGGAUUGAUGUAAACAACCCGAUAUCUGUUGAAUCUGCCCGUCCUUCUUACUUUUCCAAUGCCUUGGGGAAGAAUAUAAGCAUCAAUCUCCUAAGUGGGGAGCCUAUCCAGGUCUGGGUGGAUUACGAUGGAGCGUUGCUAAAUGUCUCGCUGGCCCCUAUAGAAAUCCAGAAACCAAAUCGGCCUCUUCUAUCAAGAGCCAUCAAUCUGUCAGAAAUAUUUCAAGAUAAAAUGUUCGUUGGGUUCGCUGCAGCAACAGGGAUAUUGACCAGCAACCAGUAUAUACUCGGGUGGAGUUUUAGCAGAAGCAAAGAAUUACUACAGACCCUGGACCUCUCUAAACUAACUCAGGCUCCUCUUCCUAGAGAUGAACGGAAUAAUUUAUCUUAUGUGCUUAUUGGGUUGGUCAUCUUAUUGGUUAUCCUAAUACUGAUUGUUCUCGGAGGACUUUAUUGGUACAGGAAAAACAAAUACGCAGAAGUAAGAGAACCAUGGGAAAAGGAAUACGGCCCACACCGACAUUCCUACAAGUCUCUGUACGAAGCAACAAAUGGGUUUGGCGAAGAUGGUCUUGUUGGGAAAGGUGGGUUUGGAGAAGUAUACAAAGGAACAAUGCCCCAAGGCAAGCAAAUAGCUGUGAAAAGACUGUCCCACGAUGCAGAGCAAGGUAUGGAACAGUUUGUGGCAGAAGUUGUAACUAUGGGAAGUUUACAGCAUCGGAACUUGGUUCCUCUUCUCGGGUAUUGCAGGAGAAAAGGUGAGUUACUGCUGGUCUCUGAGUACAUGCCCAACGGUAGUCUUGACCAGUACUUGUUUAAUCACCAAAACCCACCUCCUUCAUGGUUUCAAAGGAUUUCUAUUCUUAAGGAUAUUGCCUCGGGUCUGAAUUACAUGCAUACAGGCCCCAAUCCAGCUGUUUUGCACCGGGAUAUAAAAGCUUCUAACGUCAUGUUAGAUUCUGAGUUCAAUGGAAGGUUAGGAGAUUUUGGGAUGGCCAGGUUUCAUGACCCCAGAGGCAACUUAUCUGCAACAGCCGUUGUGGGAACCAUAGGUUACAUGGCACCUGAGCUGAUAACAACGGGAACUUCUACAAAAACCGAUGUGUAUGCCUUUGGUGCUUUCAUUCUUGAAGUAACAUGUGGAAGGCGACCUGUGGAACCCGAGUUGCCAGUGGAAAGGCACUAUCUGGUCAAGUGGGUUUUAGAGUGCUGGAAACAGGCUUCUUUACUCGAGACCAGAGAUCCAAGAUUGGGAGGAGAAUUCUUAUCCGAGGAAGUCGAGAUGGUUCUGAAACUUGGGUUGCUCUGCACAAAUGGUGCGCCAGAAUCCAGGCCUGCCAUGGGGCAAGUGAUGCAAUACCUAAGCCGGGACCUACCCUUACCGGAGUUCUCGCCGGAUACUCCAGGUAUUGGGGCUUUUAUGCCAGUUUCAAUGGAAACAUCAUCAAUAAUUGGUGUCCCCAACUCAUCAAUACCAAUGUUUGUCACUCACACCAUCUUGGGAGGGCAUGGAAGAUGA